AUGUCCACGGCAUUGCUGGCGGUAUUCGCUGUGAUCCUGUGCAUCCUGUUCAGGAUACUGAACGUGAACAGCUCACCGAAGAAGCCGCUGAUCGUGUGCCAGGAUCAGACGUUUCUCACGACGAUCCUUAAGAUCGCGCCGGUCAUCGCUGAACCAUACAAACCGACAAGGUUAUGGGGUUUCAGUGGUCACGUGCAGACGAUUAUUCACAGUAUCAUCGGACGCGUACGUUGCCCUUGGCCGAUUGGCGAACGUGUCUACAUCGGACUUCCGGAUGAUACGACUCUCACCUACGAUCUUUACCAGCCAUUGACCAACGAUUACGAAGACGACAUCACCAUUGCCAUUUGCCCCGGGAUUUGCAACAGUUCCGAGAGCGUCUACAUCAGAACUUUCGUGCACUUUGUCCAGUGCCAUGGGUAUCGAUGUGCCGUACUUAAUCACGUCGGGGUUCUUUCCAGUGUAAAGGUUACUGCGCCACGAAUUUUUACGUACGGACACACCGAGGAUUACCACAUGAUGCUGCAGAGUCUGAUCGAGAAGCAUCCCAACACGAGAAUCAUUUGCAUCGGGUUCAGUUUAGGCGGCAACCUGGUGACCAAAUAUCUGGGCGAACGGGCACCGAAUAAAGGAUUGAAUAUUAUUGGAGGAAUAUCGAUUUGUCAGGGAUACAAUGCACUCGAGGGUACAAAGUUCCUUCUCAACUGGCAAAACUUCCGACGCUUUUAUCUCUACAUAAUGUCGGAGUCAGUGAAAAACAUCAUACUUAAGCAUAAGAAUAUGUUACUGUCAGAGGAAGUUAAACAGAGGCAUAAUUUGAACGAGCGAGACAUCAUCUCCGCAGCGACGUUACCGGAACUCGAUGAAGCGUACACGAGAAAGGUGCAUAACUUCAGAUCGGUGAUGGAAAUGUACAAAUGGAGCAGUUCGAUAUUCUAUCUCGAGAACAUCACAACGCCCAUGGUGUUCAUUAAUGCGUUGGACGACCCCAUCGUACCGGAUAAAUUGCUGGAACCCAUCAAGGAACACGCCAACAAACAUCCCAACACAAUAUACAUAGAGCUGGCACACGGUGGCCAUUUGGGAUUCUACGAAGGUGGCCUCCUCUAUCCGAACCCCAUAACUUGGUUGGAUCGCACGCUGGUGUCCCUGGUUGGGUCGCUGACGUUAGCGCACGCGGACAAAUCCUUAAAAACCUCCUAACCAUAUUCAAUGUCAUUGUCACGAUCAUCUUGUAAGUAAAUCAUCCAAUCGGCAACUGGCGCCGCUCAUAAUUGUCGAUCUUACGCGAAGAUUUCUCUCUCUUGCGCACACGCGCGCACUCGAUCCCGCUUCAAGCCAGAAAAAUGGCGGACCCGACUGGCGUAUUAGCCGUGAAAAGUAAUCGCGUGUAACGAGUCCUCGAAUACUCUCAGAGACAUUAUUUUUUUGUUUCUAAUCGCGGAGCUAUGCGAGAUGAGAUUCAGUUCAGGAAGGAUAUGUGCAUUAUAUAUUUUCGAAGGCUGUCUUGUAAAAUUCCUAGCUUCGACCGGAAGUUGAACUACGCGAAUUCGAAAAAAGACAGAACGUUUGCAACAACGAUUUAAUUCAAGACGGUGAUUCGUUUCUCCUCAAUGUCCUAAUAAUAAUUGACGCUUUUUACUCAGGGAUCUUCGGC